CUCCCAAUCUCUUCUCGAAAACCCUAAAAACCCUUCUUCCUCCUAUUUAUACCAAUCCCCCCCUUCCAUCCUUGUCGCCUUCUACCCUUCUCUCUCUCUCUCCCUCUCUCUUUCUCUCUCUCUCUCUCUCUGUAGUAUAAUACGUAUAUUUAUAUAUGGAUUUCUUCUGCGUAUCGCCAGCCCAUGAGUGGGCCGCCUGCGAGAUGGGAGAGUGUAUCGGCAUGGAGAGCUGCGUCGAUCUGCAGGAGAAUCAAGAGGCGGCCCUCGGCGGCUGCGGGGGCGGCCGCCGUCGGUGUGUCCGACUUGGGUCUGAAGUGAUGAAGAGGAUCGACUUUCCCCCGCCGCUGCCGACGCUCGCGCGGACGGAGAAUCUGUCGUCGUCUCACAUGCAGUGGGCGAUGAGGAGGUACUAUACCGGCGACGGCCGCCUGGUGAUCAGGGAGGAGAAGAUCAGGCACCGCGAGUACUUCCUGCAGGCUCACCGCUCCGGCGGCCGCCUCACCCUCCAAUUCGUCCCUCUCGGAGACGAAGAAGACGACGACGUCGAUGAGGAGGAGGAGGAGGAGGAGAGAGAAUACAAUAACAAUAAUGCGGAAGCCGAUCCUUAUGAUCAUCAUCAGUUUGGUGAUGACGAGAUGAGGGGUUCUGAUAGGGUGGCGGCGGGUGGCGGCGGAGGAGGGAAUUGGUACGGCCAUGCAAGCGUGAGGUCCAAGCCGUGUAUGCUUGGCAUGGAUGUUCCGGCGGCGAUCAUGCCGGUGCAUACUUAGGCUUAACUAAAUCGAUCGAGGACUGUAAAUGGGAAAUUUUGGAGACUAAUUAAAUAUUAAUAUCCCUUUAAUUAGGUGUACGUAGGAUUAUAUAUCGAUCCAUUCUUUCGUUUAAUUAUUUGUCUUCAUCUUGCUAUGCUAUAUAUAUAUAUAUAUACCCCACCGGCCACGCCACUAUAUAUGGAUUAAUUUUGAGAUUUAAUCAUUCGAAUUAGCUCAAGUUUUGUUUUGUUACCACCUAUAUAUAACCA